GAGAGUUAUGCUUGAAAACAGCUGCAAGACUUCUUUGUGCUGUCUGCCAGCACACCACAGAGCCAGACCGCUGUGAAAUUCCCAUGCACCUCCUUGAUCUGGUUUGUGUCAUUGCCGGCUCAUAUGACUGUGCUAAUUCCCAGUUGAGAGAGAGAGUCCAUGAAGAAGUGGUUGGUGAAAUGUUGGGAACACUGAGGGACUGGCGGAGAGCUACAUUCAGAAACAAACUGUUGAAUGCAUGGACACACACACAUCACCUGGACUUUGCCUCACAAAAUGAAAUUGAGGUAUGGAACAAGUUAAUUUCACUCUCCUUCAAUCACGAACAACUGACCACAUCCUGGAGAGCCACCUUCAUUGACGACUUUGAAGGAAAACUAAAACGGGAAUCCCCAAUGCAUAAAAUUGGGAUCUACUGUGACAAGAAUGAAGAACUGAGGAAGACAAUGCCUUUGCUGUGCAACUCUAUGGAGAAGUGUGCCUUGGACGCAGUUAAUGCCAUUUGUCAGGAUAAAUCUGGGAAAGCUGUCUCUGCUCUGGUGAAAAAACAUGAUAUUGCCAAGUUUGGGAAGCUGAUGUCUGUGAUUGUGAUGAAGUCAUGGCCCACUGACAUCAAUGGACACUACGUUGAAGGGGAGGAGUCAGUGAUUGAGUACCUUCUCAACUGGCCCAUGGCCAAAACUGUCUUACAAAUGACAGGUUCAAGAGAAAAACUGAUGAACAAACUGUCAGAUGAAGCUCAAAUCCGGAUGACUGUGGCCACUUCAGCAUUUAAGUCUGUGUCAGAAAAGUUCCUCAAGGGAAACAUCCAAAUUAAAACUCUGAACCAAAUCCUUGAGAAUGAGCAUGAAUUUGCUGAGCUGCUGAAGAUAGAUGGCCUGUGCGAUGAUGGUCGCUGUAAAGAUGAUAGAAACAUGAGACGACUACUGAGACAAAGAAGAGCGGAAGCUGAAGCUGUUCGUACUGACAAGGAGCUGAUCAAAGAUCUUCUACAGAUAUGCCAGGAGCUUCCAAAACAUGUAAUAGUUGACUUCAAGGGCUUGGACAAAACAAUUAAACAGAACACUGAGGUGAUGAACUUGGAUGAAUUUAUGGAGGUUCACAGACUUGACAGAGAGAUUUCUGCUGUAACUGGGAUAGUCACGUACUUUGACCUUAGUGACAACACACGACAGAUGGCAUCUGAAUUACAUUCUAUUAAGGAAAGUUUGAUCUUUAAAAUGUGCUGGGCAAACCAAGUGGAGGAGCUGUCAAGAGACCAAGGAGACCCAGAAGACCCAGAACAGCUUGAUGGUAAUGAAGAAAUCUAUACUGUAGAUCUGAUCUACAGCAAAAUAUUCCAGAACUGCUACGAGAAAUACAAAGGGAUCUAUGAAGGUCUAAAGAGUGGGGAUCUGUCACUGGAGGAAGUUGACAGCAUCACUGAAGUCUACAAAGGAAGCUAUGAUGACAUGGAGAAAGAUUUAGAGAUCAUGUGCAGAAUCAAUGGAUCUGAUAACAGAAAAUGGAUCAGAAGGAGGAUUCAACAGAUUGAACAGUACCAGGACCUUCAUCUUGCAGUGGAAUCUGCUGGGAUCAUUAUGGAUAUCAGUGAGACAAUAUGUCCAGAAGGAAACUUUGAAAUACUGCAGAACUUGUCAAAAAUGGAUGAUGCUGAUUUCAGAAAAAAAAGCCUAAAUUACAUUGAUGACACCUUGAUGGAGACCACAACUAUUCUCAAAGACAUAACAGAUGAUCGCAGAGAAUGUCUUCAGGAACUCAGACAAUGGAAAAACUUUGUCCUGUGGGUUAAAGAAGCACUUGAAGAUAUCAAUGAGCUAAAAGUGUUUGUGGACUUGGCAUCCAUCUAUGCUGGAGAAAACGACCUGGAUGUGGAUCGAGUGGCCUGUUUCCAUGAUGCUGUCCUUGGUUACUCUUCCAUGCUUUAUGGACUAGAGCCUAACUCUGACUUCCAAGCCUUCAAGACAUCACUGUCAAAACUGUGGAAAGCACUUGAAAAUGACCGGAACAUACCAAAGAAGCUGCGAGAUACAGCACGCCAUCUGGAGUGGUUGAAGACUGUCAAGGAAAGCCAUGGAUCUGUUGAACUUUCAUCUCUGUCCCUGGCUACAUCGAUCAACAAAAGUGGAGUUUACAUCAUCAAGGCACAAAACCAGAAAAAGCUCACUUUAGAGACUUCCCUGACGCUGCAAAUCCAGGAAGGACGUGACAAAAGCAUGAUGCGCACCUAUGAAUUAGAAGACCUGAGAGAGUUGCAAAAUAAGCUCAUGCUUAUGUCAGGAAGAGGGGAGCAAAAUCAGAGUGAAGUAGACUGUUUUGUUGAGGUUUUUGACAAUGUCCAAAGACUUGCCACGGCAUUUGUAGACCUUCAUGCUGCAGGGAACCCACUCUUCAGGUGUUGGGAAGCCAGGAUUUAUUGCAAAACCCAGAGUGACCCUUGUAUUUCUAUGGAAUUCAAGUUUUGCAAGACUCACCAUCAGCUUGAAGUAUGUGGAAAACUAGUUGAGCAAUUUCCAUUGUUGUCCAAGAAGAUGGAACUGUUUCUUGAGGAUUGGCUAAACUUCAUGGACAAACAGAGAUCUGAACACUACUACCUUAACUACUUCACAGCAGAACAGAUAUUUUACCUGUGCAGUGUUUUGACUCCAACAAAUGUGGAUGCAGAAAUAGAGGACAAAGCCUUGAUGAUGCUCUCUGUCAUCAAACCAAACUGCACAGCAUCCGAUGUCUGGAGGACAUGGACAACAUUUUGCAACCAGUUUAAAACUGACAGUAGGGCAAAUGAAGCCAUCCAAUUUCAAAGUCUCUUUCAUUGCCAGAAAGAGAGGGAUGAUGUGUCUUUAGCUUUGGAGAGCCAAGCCACAACUGAGGAUCUAUCUGACAACAUAGACCAAGCUGUUGGGUUAAGAGAACUGGAAGAGUUGUGGGAUGGCUACAUGACAAAUGUUGAAAUUGUUUUCCAUGACUUUUUGGAUAUAAGGAGUUUAGGAGGUCUGUUAGAAAAGAUGACCAUCACAGAAAACGAAAAUGAAUGGGAGGAACCAGAGCUCUCAGAGACAAGAGAUAAUUCAGUCAGAAGAAAACUCCCCAAAGGCCUCCUGCCUAGUCAGCCUAACCUUGUAAUCUGCCCAAAUGAUCAGAUUUUGGAGUCAAGUAUCUGCUUGUACAUGAGCAGUGAUUAUGAACCAUUGCCCAGCUAUGAUGAAGUUCUCCUGUGUGACCCCACAACACCCUAUGAGCAAGUAGAGCUUUUCCUGAGGAGAUGCCUCACAUCCGGUUACGUGGGCCAGAAGAUUUACACCAUACUGAGGGCAGACCAGCUAAGCUAUGAUGUUAGCUGUGCAAUGGAGAGGUGUUUUCAGAAGCUAAGUUCGCAGUGCAAAGACAAUUACAUGCUAGUGAUUUACUGCAGCUCUGACAGAGAGCACACUUACAUUCCCACUGCAUUUAGUCAAUUCAAAAGAGACUUUGUGCCACAAGAGCCUUUGGACAGGAUCCAGAAGUACUUGUCCAGACAUUACUCUGUCCCUUCAGAUUCCAACAGUGCUGCAUCUGUGUUCAAGGAUGGACAGUCUGUUGGGAUUGUUUACUCCAGACGAGCAGGAGUUGGCAAGUCUUUGUAUAUAAGAAGAUUGUAUGAAAAGCUGGAGGGAAGUGUUCAAGAUGGAACUGCACUUAAGAAGUGCAUACGACUAACUGAAGCUGAGGUUGAUGACCACAAGAUUCUCCAGUCUUUGUAUGACACACCAAGAGACAAAGAUCACAAGGUCUUCCACUUUGAUGUCACAUCCUCGGUGCGGAAGGGCUUGAAUGAGUUUCUAUUCAAGCUGUUCUUCCUGCGAAACCUGAUGGACUCUGAUGGCCUGAUGUGGCAGUGUACUCACAAACACUUGUACAUCAUCGAGUUACUAGACUCCAUGCAAGAACAGCCCAAAUAUGCCACCAGAUGUGGACGAAAGGAAAAUUUUGCAUUCUUUGAAGUUUUUCCAAAGGUGUUUUGUCGUUCACCAAAGGAGGUUUUGGCACUAGAAAUGAGGACGGAAGACAACCCACACCUGGAUACUGAUGACCCUCUCAUGGAUGAUGAGUGUUUUCGGAGUGAAGCCUAUCAAAGACCAUACCAGUACCUGACACGUUUCCAUAAUGGUGACAAUCUUGACAACUUCACUUAUCAUGGCAUUGAAGGAAGUCAUGCAGAAUGUCUUCAGAUCCUCUUUCUCUACUGUGGCGUAAUUGAUCCAUCUUGGGCAGAGUUGCGAAACUUUGUCUGGUUCCUUAAUCUUCAGUUGCAAGACUGUGAGAAUUCAGUCUUCUGCAAACAUGAGUUGGUUGGAGACACUCUAGAUGGGUUCAAAAAUUUUGUGGUUGAGUUCAUGAUCUUGAUGUCCAAAGACUUUGCCACCCCAUCACUCUGCAUUACUGAUCAAAGCUCUGGAAGGCAACAAAUAGACCUCAGCCAGCUCAAUGAAAGAGAUCUGGCCCCAUUCCUUAUCAGAAAAAGGUGGGAAUCUGAACCACAUCCAUACAUCUUCUUCAAUGAUGAUCACAUGUCCAUGACUUUCAUUGGGUUUCAUCUGGAGAGGAAUAACCAGAAUGGAUAUGAUGCAAUAAAUCCCUCAACAAGAGAAGUGAUCAAGAAAAACAUAAUGACUCGAGAACUGUACACUGGCUUAAGACUACAGAGAGUCCCUUUUAAUAUGAACUUUGAUCAACUUUCUCGAGCUGAUAAGAUUGAGCAUCUGUGCAGUGUGCUUGGCAUCAAGUGGCCAACAGAUCCUGAUGAAACAUAUGAACUCACUACUGAUAACAUACUCAAAAUGAUGGCGAUCCAUAUGAGGUUCAGGUGUGGCAUCCCAGUCAUCAUCAUGGGUGAGACAGGAUGUGGUAAGACAAGACUUAUAAAGUUCAUGUGUGAGUUGAGAAGGUGUGGAGCACCUACAGAAAACAUGAAAUUGGUCAAAGUUCAUGGAGGCACUACAUCAGAGAUGAUUUAUGCCAAAGUGCAAGAAGUAGAAAUUCUAGCAGGGACAAACAAAGAGGAGCAUGGAUUUGACACUACUCUUUUCUUUGAUGAGGCAAACACUACGGAAGCCAUCAGCAGCAUCAAGGAGAUCAUUUGUGACAAUACUGUACAGGGACAACAACUUGACUCUGACACAGGAUUGCAAAUUAUUGCUGCAUGCAACCCAUACAGGAAGCACACAGACAGGAUGAUUGAAAGACUCGAGGCAUCUGGACUGGGCUAUAGAGUCAGGGCUGAAGAGACUGAAGACAGACUUGGAUCCAUUCCUCUUCGCCAGCUGGUGUAUCGGGUCCAAAUGUUACCUCCUAGCAUGAUUCCUCUGGUUUGGGACUUUGGCCAGCUCAAUGACUUAACAGAACAAAUGUAUAUUGAACAAAUAGUGCAAAGACAGUUGGGCACAAACUUGAUUGACAUGAGUUAUGCCAGAAAGAUAACAGAGGUGUUGUCCUCAUCUCAAAAAUUCAUGAGGGAAAGGAAAGAUGAAUGCAGCUUUGUCAGUCUCAGGGAUGUGGAGCGUUGCAUGCAGGUGUUUGUAUGGUUCCACGGACAUCACCCCAUAUUUGUGAAGGAAUUGAGACAAUUUCUUCAGAAGCAGUCUCGGAGGUCAAAAAAGAAAAAUGAGCAGUUAAGUUCACCUGCCAGUGACAGAGUUAUUUGGUCAUUGUUGAUGGCCACUGCAGUGUGCUACCAAUCCUGCUUGGAGUCCAAAGGGCAAUAUCAGACUGCUCUCAGCCAAAUCCUUUGUGGUGAAUACAACCCACAGAGAAUACGACAAGAAAUCCAGCUCAUUCAGGACCUUCUCCUCGAUGGCGUGCCCAUGGGUGAGACAAUAGCCAGAAAUGAGGCUUUGAAAGAAAAUGUCUUCAUGAUGGUGAUUUGUAUUGAGCUAAGAAUUCCCUUGUUUAUUGUUGGAAAACCUGGAAGCUCCAAAUCUCUGUCAAAAACACUGGUUGCAGAUGCUAUGCAGGGCUCUGCAUCCCAUUCUGAACUUUUCAAGAGGCUGAAGCAGAUUCAUCUGGUGUCUUUCCAGUGCAGCCCUCACUCCACUCCAGAAGGCAUCAUCAACACAUUCAAACAGUGUGCCCGGUUUCAAGAGAGUAAAAACUUAGAUGAGUACAUUUCAGUAGUUGUUCUUGAUGAGAUUGGAUUAGCUGAAGACUCUCCUAAAAUGCCACUGAAAACCCUGCACCCACUGCUGGAAGAAGGCUGCAUUGAUGAUGAGCCACAACCUCACAAAAGGGUUGGAUUCGUUGGCAUUUCAAACUGGGCACUGGAUCCUGCCAAAAUGAAUCGUGGAAUAUUUGUGUCCCGUGGAGAUCCAAACGAGUACGAGCUCAUCAAAAGUGCAAAAGGGAUAUGCUCGUCUGAAGCCCAAAUUCAUGAAAUGAUCAAACAUUUCUUCAAGCCUUUUGCAAAUGCAUAUAUGACAAUAUGCACAGAAGGCAAAGGUUUCUUUGGUUUGCGGGAUUUUUACAGCCUUGUGAAGAUGGUCUUUUCAAUUACCAAAGCCACCAAGCAGAACCCUACUGCAGAUCAAAUCACUGGAGCAGUUCUGAGGAAUUUUAGUGGAAGGGAUGACGUGGAUGUAAUGAGCAUAUUCAGCAAAGAGCUGACAGAAGACUUCACAAACAGUAGCAUCAGUGCUCUUGAUUUGUUAGAGCAGAGUAUCUCUCCAGAUUGCCAAGCACAUGAAAGUCGUUACCUGCUAAUCCUCACAAAAAACUAUGCAGCUCUCCAGAUACUCCAGCAGAUGUUUUUCAAUGACCAGAUCCACCCAGAGAUCAUCUUUGGAUCAAGUUUUCCCAAGGAUCAGGAGUACACUCAGAUUUGCAGGAACAUCAACCGCAUCAAGGUCUGCAUGGAGACAGGACAGACAGUUGUGCUUCUCAAUCUCCAAAAUCUGUAUGAAAGCCUCUAUGAUGCUCUCAACCAAUAUUAUGUGACACUAGGGGGUCAAAAGUAUGUAGAUCUUGGAUUAGGAACCCAUCGUGUGAAGUGCAGAGUUCACAAGAACUUCAGGCUUAUUGUCAUUGAAGAGAAAGAAGUAGUAUACAAGCAGUUUCCGAUUCCCUUGAUUAACAGAUUGGAGAAACACUAUGUUGACAUCAACACUGUCCUCUGUGAUGAGCAGAAGGACAUGGUCAGACUACUGCAGACUUGGGUCCAUGAUUUUGUCUCCUCAAGCAGUCAACACUCCAUGACAAAACAGUAUGUGCCAAGUGAUGUUUUCAUUGGCUACCACUCAGACACAUGCUCCUCUGUGGUCCUACAAGUAACAGAGCAGCUGAAUGAUGCAGUAGAUGCACAGAACGUUCUGGACAAAGCUAAGGGCAUUCUGCUGAAUUGUGCAACUCCAGACUCAGUUGUUCGUUUGGAUAACUCCAGAUUGCCCGAUGAUGAAAGAGAAUACUUGGUACAAGAAUAUGUCAGAGGAGACAGACACAGAUCACUGAGUGACUUCAUUGUCUCUGAUACACAACAGGCUGAACGUUCUGACUUCUGUUUUACAGAGGUUACAACUUUUUCCAGGCUGUUGACUGCAGCGGACACUCAACAGCUCCAGAAUGUGACAAAAUUUGACAUCAAGCUGUUAUCACUGCAUCAAUUUGACACAGAGUACUCCUUCCUCAAGAAAAUCAGGGAAUUUCUUGCCUCCACUCAAGCAGACAAAGUGCUUAUCAUCCAAACAGACUAUGAUGAAGGCAAUCACAGCAGAAAUAUUCUUUCAUCCGCAAAGUACUCAUGUAUCAAUGAAAUAAACAAAUGGGCCAUGGACAGCACAAAGACAUUUGUCUACUUUGUCACCAAACUUCCUCGAGUUGAAGGUGGAACUUCCUUCGUUGGAUUUCAAGGGGGUCCUUGGAGGUCAGUCCACAUAGAUGAUCUCAGAAGAUCUAAGGAAUUUGUGUCUGAUGUCCACACCUUGAAAAAUUUGCGCAUAAGUCAGCUUUUUGCAGAUCCACCUGAGGGCAUGGAGACAGAUGACGCCAACUGUGUGCUACAAAAUAGAGAGCCCACUAUUUUGGCAGAUAUGUUUGACACAAUGGAUCUCGUAAGGAGCUGUGUGCAGAGUGCAGUGAGCAUGCUCAGAGAUGUGGCAGCCGAUGGAGAGCUCAGCACCAGGAGAGUCGAGAAUCUGCUCACGCUUCUAGACAGGAGUGAGACACAAGAUGUGUUUGUGAACACUGUGAGGAAACGCCUGCACGCACUGCUGGUGGAUUAUGAGGCCAUGAUCUCCCUUCCAAAAAACUGGGUUCUCAGAGAGGCAUCAAAUAUCAAUGCACUUCAAGAAGGGGGAACAUUCAUGCACACCCUAUGGAGGAAAGUCCAAUCGGUUGUCACACCACUCCUGGCUAACUUGGUCUCAGUCAUUGACCGAAAUCAUAAUCUGGACCUCCUCAUAAAUAGUGGGGAGGAUGUCAGGAACCUGUGGCUUCAGAUAUUUGCCUGCAAAGAGAUGCUUGAUGUGCCUUACAUCAGAAUGGAAAGCAACUCCAUGGUCUUCGUGGUGCCAAGUCGCGUGACAGCCGACAACACCCUACGCUGCGUCAUGCCAUUCAGCUGGUGGAUCAAGGACUUCCUGGAUGUGUUCAUGAUGCAAACUCUGAAACAUGAAAAUCAAACAUUUGGUCAUUUUGAAGAUCUCUUUAAGAAUCUGCCACUUGGUAGUUACAUGGCUCAUGGUGUGAGCGACCAAAUGAAGAAAGAAUUUUUCCAGAGGUAUCUGCAAGACUUUGUGUCCUUGCAAAUGACAGUGGCAACAGAUGACGAAUUAAAGCUUUUGUGUGACGCCCUGACCAGCUGUGUGAAUGAACUACAGAGACGCAAAAACAGAGAAGAAAGCCCCUCUCUCCCUCACAUCCACAGAGCUUACCACCUCUACCACAGCCGUCUACAGAACCUCUUGCGGAUGAUUUCCCUUCACCCUCGAAUUGCCCCUGCUUUGCAAAGGAACCAACAUGUUAGAGACUGUCCAGAGAUGGUUUUGGAUGUCCAUGCAGCACUGGCGUGUGUUGAAUGCAUGGAGCCUCCUGCAUUAGACACUGAUGCCUGUUGCCAGAACUGGUUGAAAUCAGUGAAGCAGCUUCAAGGCUCCAUGGAACUGAUCUGCUCCCAAAAUAAUCCCAGACUCUAUGGAGAGCGAUGCAAAGAAAGACUACAUGAUAUUCGCAAUGGCUGGAGGCGCAUCUACAUCCUGUCACUGUUUGUGGAACACAUGCUGCUGGGUUUUGACAGAGAUGAGAAGCAGCUGAGGACACUGCUCCUUCACAACAUUGGCGUCCUUGGCAGAGUUCUUGCGGGAAACUCUGAUCUAAAAUCAGAGAGAGCUUUUCAAGCUGUCAUUAAAGUGCUGACGUCUUGCAAGCAAGGGGCGAGUGAACAGCUUUGCAAGUUUGGACUACAGUGUGCAGUGUGCAUGAGAGAACCGCAGGAUCCAGUGCAGCUGCCCUGCCAGCAUGUCUGGUGCUUAGCAUGCAGCAGACGAAGCCUUGAUGCUGGACAGACUUCUUGUCCCAUGUGCAGACAACAGAUCCCACCUGACUUUAACCCGGAAGUUUCUGAACAUAUCAGGGCUUCCAUCAAGAAAAAUGCAGAAUUCAGUCGACGCUGCAAUGCUUUCUUCAUAGAUUUGGUGUCCACUGUGUGCUUCAAGGAUAACAUCCCACCAACAGGAGGCGUCAUCAGGCACCUAUUGUCGUACCUCAUGGUUGAGACAGAAAAUAAUGAGAUUCACACAAAGGAUCUGUCACCCUUUGAUGAGUCCAUGGACAAGAACCCUGUGGUGCGAUCUGUGAUUCUCAAACUGCUGCUGAAGUUCAGCUUUGAUGAAGUUAAGGAAUACUUGCAGCAACACUUGACAUCUGUUGAAGACAGCAGAAUUGUGGACGAGGGAGAUAAAGCAGAGCUCUAUGCUUUGUACAUCAACUGCCUGGAGGACUCCAUGUGGGAGAAAAUGCCUCAAGAAGGUAACAAGGCUGAAGAGCUGCAGCCAUUUUUAACUGAGGAGACACAGUUCCUGCACCACUUUCUGGGUGCAGUCGCCCAGCCUCCUGCAGCUGUGUCGAUUCAACAUCUGCAGCACGUUGCCAGACUGCGGCUGUGCCUCACCUUGGCCGCCCAGCUGAUCAGUGACAUGCUGUCUGGAAAUGCCGUGCCAGACGGAGCUGAGGAAUUCCUCAGAGCUGUGGUUCAACUUUGUGAACAGAAUGGCAACGACUGGUACCGUGUUUACCUCAUCCGCAAGCUGAGCAGCUGGCAGGGCGUUGAGCUCGUCCAGACGCUGGUGAAGAAUCCUGAGUUCAGCUGGCUCUUCCCCAUAGAGAUCCUACAGAAGAAUGAAGAUGGAGGCCAGAUGGACCAGUAUCUUGUGUAUGGAGAAGAUUACAAGGCAGUGCGGGAUGCUGUUGCCAAGGCAAUCAUGACGGGCAACGUUGAGGAGAUAGAGGAAGUAUGCGAGAAAUGUCCCGUUCCACCAAGGAGACGGACGCUGUUCAUCCUCUUGGCUCUUUUCAGAGAGGUCACAAUUCUGUACAGAUCAGCCAACACACGCUUUCAUCCCUCCCUUGAGCGGUGCCAAGCAUUUACAGAGUUCAUCCAGGGCUCGGCGUACCUGCACAACAAUCAAGUGAGAGAUUUUGCUACAGCCUUGGUUCACAACAGGCUGGGAGCUCUGAGUGUCGACUGCAAUCACAGCACUGUGCACAACGUGUUGGUCGAGCUGGUCGUCCACUUGGCUGCUGUGCUGCUCACUGGGACUCACUGGCUGCUGCUGCCUCUCCAGCAGCUCGGCCUGUCUCCUGACAAAAUGCUGAUGGCCUUUAUACCCACAAUGCCUGAUGAUAUGCUGGCUGUUGCUCAGUCAGUCAUAACGCAAGGCUAUGGGCGGCUCACUUGGUAUGUGUGUCCAAAUAAUCACCCAUGUUUUGUUGAUGAGUGUGGCCUGCCCAUGCAGAAAGGCAGGUGUUUGGAGUGUGGACAGGAGGUUGGAGGGGAGAAUCAUGCAGCUUUGCCUGGAUUCAGGCCGAUCGGGCAACAGCAGGGGGACCGCACAAGACGUGGUCACAUCCUGGGCCAGCCUGAGAGGAGAAACAACCCAGACACCCUGGACACCAAAACCAUGUCACUCACCCCCUUCACUCUGGUCAGGCUGCUCACACAUUUGGCCAUGCUGCUGGGAGCUUCAGAGAAAGCUCAGGUUGUCGAGCAGAUCAUCGAGCCGCCUGUCCAGGAUGUUUGCCUGUUCCUCACCCAGCACCUACUGAAGGAUAUGGAUCAGCUGACCCAGGCCCUGGGCAGAGGAGCUGAUGACACCGUUACCACCAUCCACCUGAUGCUCAGAUCCCUGCUAGGGCCGAUGCAAGUCAAUCUAACUGGUCUUGACCCCUGCCUGACAACCAAAGAAUCCAGAAACGCCUGGGAGAUGACAGUUGCUGCAGAGGUCUUGACACCUCAGCUGAAGGGUCUUAAUAAAGUCCUAAGAAAGGUCAACAAGACCAUCAGGAAUGACUCCCGGGUAUCAUCCAACCCUAUCUUGGGGGUGACCUCCGGCGAUGAAUGUUCCUUCCUCAGGUCCCUGCCUCGGGGCUCUCCACUCCACAGCUCAGCAGUGUGGAGCUGCAGAGAGAGGCUGUCCUUGCUCAGUCUCAUGCACAUCAUGGAGCACAAUGACCAAAAGGAAAAGCUGCCUUUGCUCUGGAAGUUUCUGCAGAAGGAGACAGAAUUUCGUCAGGUUACAUUCCUCCCAGAUAUCUUGGCUCUGCAGAGAUAUUUGGUGAGAAAAUUCCAGAAUGCAUCUGAUCAGAUUCUCGGCACCAUUGGAGAGUUCAUUGAGAAACAAACAGCAAUGAAGACCUGGUAUGAAAAACACAUCCAUACCUUCCUUAAGACGUGGAACCUGCUCAGAGUGUCAGUGACCACCAAUGAGAUGAAAAUCCCAGAAGAGUUUUGCAGUGAGGAUUUGGACCUGAGGAGUGACCUGCGGUACCUCCUCCCCCGCCGGCAGGGUCCAGGCCUGUGUGCCACGGCACUGGUCAGCCACCUGGUGGCGCUACACAAUGAAUUGGUGUAUGCAGUGGACAGCCACACCGGAGAGGACAGCAGCAGCUACAGGGUGAGUGUGGAGGAACUGACGGAGUUGCAUGUGAUCCGCUACGACGUGGAGAAGGACCUGCUGCCGCUGGUUUUGUCCAACUGCCAGUACAGCAUGGAGCGUGGCCACGAGACCUUGUCAGAAUAUGAUCUGCCCAGGAUCCAGCAGCACAUCAUCACCCGCUUUCUGCAGGGAAAACCCUUCAUCACCCGCACAGGUGUUCCUACUUUGGUCAACACACAUGAGAGAGACUACGAAACCAUUUUCAAAGCUGUUAAAGGAAAAGUGCCUCAGGAGCCUCUGUCCUCUCUGACCCGAAAUGCUGUGUCCAGAGAGCUGGACUCCUACAGUGAGGUGUGUGAGGCCCACAAGACCCUGGAGCUGCUCUUGGGAUUCCUCUCCAUGACAGGCGGCAGUCCCAUGAUGCCGCUGGUCACUUACCUCCAGGACACGCUGAGGAUGGCCAAUCAAACUGAUCCUCACAUCUUAAAGGCUCUGGGCAGGUGCUGUCUCAAACACUGUGCUUCUCUGUGGCAACUCCUCAUGUCCCUAAAGUCUGAGAGAAUGCUGCAUCUCAAGAGGGAGCCAUUCUCUGGACAUCCAGCUGAGUACCAAGAGCCACUGAAAGAGGAAGAGAAGAGGCAGCUCAAGAGCUUCGUGUCCAAGGGGAACGUGCAUAAGUGGCUUCUUGAGAUGCAUGAAUUCCUCUGUUUGAGUCUGGCCAGCCGCCAUGCCCCAGACACUUACAGUCCCUUGUGGAGUGUGAAAGAGGCUGUGGCUGCCUACAUGGACCGCAAAGAGGUGGACGUGCCCAUCGACGUGGAGGCUGCCUUCCCUGACAGCAUCCAGCUGUCACAGAUAGUGGAGGCAUGGAAAUACGCUGUGACCGCCAAACAGGAAUGGAUGAUGUGAUGGAUCACACAGUGCCUUUUGAAUGGGAUUCAUGAGAGUUUAAAGACAUUUUUUAUCGAAUCCCAGAUGUUAAAUGCAUCUGGGGUUCAUUUCUGAUCAUGUGCUAAUGAUGCCAGAAAUGUUUUUUCCACUUUAUUCUUUUCUUUUUUUUCUUUACAGUAAUUAUUGUUCAAAAAACAAGGCCUGUGUAAAACCUUACCUUAAAAAAGAAAAAAUAGUGUAUGGUACGAGAGCCUUAAUACACUUGACUGUUGAGUGUUUACUGCCAUGAGGGAAAAAUACAAAUAACUCAUGACUUAUUUGACCUCAUUUAAAUGUGACCUCACAGCAAGAUCUGCUCAGGAGAAUGUUCUGCAUGCCUACGUUCAACAAAUAUAUCUAUUUACUGUUUUGUUUUAUUUUACUAUUGAUUGAAAGUGAUUUUAUCUACAUGUAUUUCUAUAUUGAAACAAGUAAAAAGCACAACUGCCUGCCGCUGAAUGAAAAGGAACAGUGUUUAAUAAAAUCACUUAUGUAAUCACCACACUCAAUGGACUUCACUGGACAAUGUUGCAACAUGUAAAUCUGUAUUUUGUAAUCUUCAUCUCAAACUAUCUGAGCUGGA